AUGACAGAGGUUGUCGCCAGAGAAGUGUACUACUGUGGGGUUUGCAGUUUCCCUCCCGAAUACUGCGAGUUUGGCGUUUCUUUGAAGCGUUGCAAAGAUUGGCUUCAGGACAACAACCAAGAGCUUUUUGACAAGAUUUACUCCGACGAUGCAUUAGCCACGCAGACAUCGACUUUGUCGAUUGAAAGACAGGAAAAGAUUUCUCAAGAGCUUGCGAAGAAACAGUUGAAGGAGGAGGCCAAACAGGAGCGUGAAUUGCAAAAGAAGCUUGCAUCUAAGGUACUCAUCAAAAGAAUUGAGAGAAACAGAAGAAAGCACAUCAUUUCCAUUUCGGGAUUGGAGGUAUUCAAUAUCGACAUGAAGAAGUUGGCAAAGACUUUUGCCUCAAAAUUUGCUACAGGUGCCAGUGUCACUAAGACAGCAGACAAGAAAGAAGAAAUCUUGGUACAGGGAGACGUUUCAGACGAGGCUAAAGAGUAUAUUGAAAAGUUGUUAGAGGAACAGGGUUUGAACGGAGUCGAGGUUGAGCAGGUUGACGAAAAGAAGAAGAAGAAGGCUACUGCUCCAGGUGCUACACCAGCAGCAUAG